AUGACGCUAACUCUAGGCCUGGGACUAUUGGCGAUAAAAGUGUUUAACAUUCAGGAGGAAAUACGCAAAAUCCAAAGAGAAGACGACUCUCAUUUACCAGAGGAACUGGUCAUCCCCUUCUACAAUGAAACUCUUCCAGAGAGAAGCUUUUACAGAAAGAACACCAGAGAUGAAGAAACAUUGAUCGAAAGCUUAGAAGAGGAAAUCAACACCAUUAGGGUCAGCAACCACAAUUUAUUGAUGAGGAUGAACAAUAUCACACUGGCUGCAGGGCGACUUGGAAUCAAAGGAGAACCUGGUCCUCCAGGAGGAAAAGGUGAGAAGGGAGACAUGGGUCUACGAGGACCAGCUGGAAGCAAAGGAGAACCAGGGUCAAAGGGUAUUGGAUUUCCUGGGGAGAAAGGAGAGAAGGGGAUACCUGGAGGAGUAGGAGCUCCAGGUGCCAAGGGAGACAAGGGAGAAGCAGGUUUUAGAGGACCACCGGGUGAAGAUGGAAGUGAAGGGGACAGGGGCCUUGCUGGUCCAAAAGGUGAACCAGGAAUGAAAGGGGGUAGGGGGCCUACAGGUCUUCAAGGAAGUAAAGGUGAAGUGGGUAAGAAGGGAGAGAUGGGCCCCAAAGGAUCAAUUGGUGUUCCUGGAAACAAGGGAGAUGCAGGUAGAGUGGGUGCACCAGGGCUUCCAGGACAGAAAGGAGAGGCAGGCAUUCCAGGACCAAAGGGAGAACAGGGAGAUUCAGGGUUUAGAGGCCAACAUGGAGAAAGUAGUGGGCAUUUUGGCAUUCAAGGUCCAAAAGGUGAACCAGGAAUGAAAGGAUCCAAAGGAGACAUGGGACCUAGAGGACUUCCAGGGAACAAAGGUGACAGGGGUGAACCAGCGGAACGCAACUCCAACCCCAAGAUAAGGCUCGUUGGAACAGCUAAGGAGGGCCGUGUCGAAAUUAUGUACAAAGGGAAGUGGGGAACAAUAUGUGAUGAUAAAUGGGACAAAAAAGAUGGAACCGUGGUCUGCAAAAUGCUGGGAUAUAGUCAUGCACUUCGCACCAUGAAGGCAUCCCCAGGUUCUGAUCAAAUUUGGCUUGAUGACGUGGAGUGCAGUGGAACAGAAGCCUCCAUUUUUGACUGUGAAAAACGCGACUGGGGGCAGCAUGACUGCACCCACGUGGAAGAUGCUGGUGUGGAAUGUGCCUAA